AUGGCAGAUUCGGAUGGAAAUGCAGAACCUGGUGCAGUUUGCAACUUCUUCUGGAAGCCAUUGAAGAAGCAAAACAUUAGAAAGCGAAGGGUUGAUGAAGAUGAAGAGGAGGACGACUCAAAAUCUGGGGGUACAUCAUUACCAAGUCAAAGAAAAGCCUCAAAGCUUGAUGGCAAGCUGUAUUUUUCUAGUGGACUCUCUAAGAGCUCUACGCCUGAUAGCAGUGCAAUAUUUGAGUUCAAGUCUUCAAAAGAAAUCCAAGUUGAACAUGAUAGUAAAGCAACUGCGACUUUGGAGACUGAGACUGAGUUCUCUAGAGAUGCCCGAGCAGUUCGUGAGAGAGUUCUUAAGCUGGCAGAGGAGGCUUUGAAGGGGAAGAGCAAAGGUACUGGAGACGAAAAGUUGUAUAAAGGGAUCCAUGGAUAUACUGAUUACAAGGCUGGGUUCCGAAGAGAGCUAACAGUGGCCAGUGAGAAAGCGGGAGGUUCCCAUGGGCCUCUCAGGGCUUCUGCUCACAUCAGAGCUACCACAAGAUUUGAUUAUCAGCCAGACAUAUGUAAGGAUUACAAAGAGACUGGUUAUUGUGGCUAUGGAGAUUCUUGCAAGUUUAUGCAUGAUCGUGGAGACUACAAGUCUGGGUGGCAGAUGGAAAGGGAGUGGGAUGAAGCAGAGAAAAUAAGGAAGAGAAAUUUAGCUUUGGGUGAGGAUGAUGUGGACCAGACAGAGGAAGAUGAUGAUGAUGAUGAUGAGGAUGGCUUGUUGCCGUUUGCAUGUUUCAUCUGCCGGCAACCAUUUGUUGAUCCUGUUGUGACUAAAUGCAACCACUACUUCUGCGAGCACUGUGCACUAAAGCAUCAUUCAAAGAACAAGAAGUGCUUUGUGUGCGACAAGCCUACUCUUGGCAUAUUCAAUACGGCUCAUGAGAUACGCAGAAGGAUGGCUGCAGAGGACAAAUAA